AUGCGAUUCCCUUCAUUCUCUGCUAUCAAGUCCCUCCCCACCGAUGCGGACUCCGAUGCCCUCUUGAAGAACGUUUUCCAUGGCUCGUCCAGCAUGCAUGAUCGUGCCACUGCCGUCACCUCGGCACUUGGUCUGAUGUUCUUCGACCCUCAAGGAAAGCUCACGGUCGUUACCAUCCCAAAAAAGGUUAUC